UGGGGAUUUAGUAACACUGGACACUUCUGGGACGCCAGUAGAACUGCAGGCUACUAUAUAGCCAAAAAUGUAUCUGUUCUCACAAUGAACUACUCUCAAUUGUACACAAGAGAUCUCACAAAGAACUACUCUCAAAUGUUCACCAGAGCUAUCACAAUGGACUAUUCUCAGUUGUACACAAGAGCUCGCGUCUCUCCUCUGUUUCUUACUUAUCAUGGGCGUUGCUUAGAAAAUGGGAGCCAUACAGUGACCCUUCAUUUUGCUGAGAUAAUUUUCAGAGACAAUCGAACCUUUCAGAGUCUUGGAAGACGAAUAUUUGAUGUUUAUAUUCAGGAUGAACUGGUUUGGAAGGAUUUUGAUAUUGCUACUGUUGCAAAAGGGGUUGACAAGGCCGUACUUCUAAAAUUUAACAACAUAGUUGUAAAGAACAAGACUAUAGAAAUUCGCUUUUAUUGGGCAGGCAAAGGGACAACAGCUGUUCCUACAAGUGGAAUUUAUGGUCCUCUUAUAUCAGCUAUUUCUGUAGAAUCUAGUAAGUUAUGUUCUGUUUAGGCUUUUCUCGUUUCUUCCUGAAUGGUGAGGCACCAUCCUCUCUCUCUAUCUCUCUCUCUCUCUCUCUCAUGCUUGUGUUUGAGGUUCUUUCUGUUGAAUUCUGUACUAUACUUGCAGAUGAUUGAAUCAAUGAUAUUGUAAAGUUAUUCCCCAACUCUUGAGAUCUGAAAAUUAUAGAUUAAGAAGCAUAAUUUACAG